AUGGCCGAUUUGUUGAUUGAUUCGGCUUCCAGUAAUGAGAUUAUGUCUCUUAUGGACGGACAUUCUGGGUACAACCGGAUCUUCAUAGCAGCUGAAGAUGUCCACAAAACAGCUUUCGGGUGUCCUGGGGCUAUCGGUACUUUUGAAUGGAUCGUCAUGCCAUUUGGACUAAAGAAUGCUGGCACCACUUAUCAAAGGGCAAUAAACUUUAUUUUCCAUGAUAUGAUUGGAAAGUUCGUGGAGGUCUACAUUGACGACGUCAUCCUUAAGACGGACCAAGCGGAAGCCUCCAAUAAGAUAAUCAUCGGACUAAUAAAGCAGCAUUUAGAGGAUAACCCAAGGGAGUGGGAUUCACUACUGUCGAUAGUGUUAUGGGUUUAUCGAACAUCUAAGAGAUCCAGCACUAGAGGAAGCCCUUAUAUGUUGACAUAUGGACGGGAGGCUGUGUUGCCUCUGGAAAUUAUCGUGCGAUCAUUAAGAGUAAAACUCCAAAGAAAUAUGGCGAAAGAGCGAUACGAUGAGAUGAUGUACGCCAAUAUUGAUGAGCUGGGAGAUAAUCGAACUACGGCCCUGGAAAAGCUGAUGAUUCAUAAGCAAAGAGUAGCCAAAGCAUAUAACAAGCAUGUGAAGAUUAAGCGUUUCAAGGUGGGAGACUUAGUCCGGAAGACUAUUUUGCCUGCAAGUCUUGACAACGAAAAAUUUGGCAAGUGGUCACCAAAGUGGGAAUGA